AUGGCCGAAUACGAACCGAUUGCAGCCGAUGCAGCUGGUGCACCUCCUCCGCCGCCGCCACAAACAACUCGGCCACCUGUGCCUGGAGCUGCACCACCAUGGCCGGCAGCUGGUGUACCUCCUCCGCCGCCACAGACGACUCGGCCACCUGUGCCUGGAGCGGCGCCACCGUGGCCUCCCGCUCUACCUCAACCUGCCCAACCACCAUGGUUAUCUGCACGUCCAGCAGCACCUCCACCUCCACCACCACAACCGGCCUUCAGCCCGUUCCCACCUGUACCUGCACCUCCUGUGCCAAAUUUACCUAUGCAGUGCGACGAGGAGAAAGUCAAGCAAAAGAUAGCUAACGGAAGCAAUGAG